AGAGCGAGCGAGUGAGAGAACGAGAGAGAGCGAGAAACAGUCUCAGUUGUUUGAGAGGUUACAGGAUCAAUAGGCUGUCUUGUUUGGAGAGUACCGCUGACUCUCUUGGAGCUGCAUGUGGUUCCGUGGAACAGGAGAGAGAGAGAGAACUGAGUAGCAGAAGAAGCCUUUUUUUCCAGCAUGCUCACAGAACCUGAGCUGCCUCAGGAGUUUAACAGGAUGUCUUCCAAGCGACCAGCCUCUCCAUAUGGGGGAACAGAUGGAGAGGUAGCCAUGGCGACCAGCAGACAGCGCAUGGAUGAUGGGGAGAAUGACGGGCACCCUGUCAUUCACUUACCCCUCAACUCCUACUGCAGCAAGGUGUCCCCUCGCUCACCACGGGCCCCCGACAGCCCCCCAACUCUACACAGCUCCAUGGACCAGGACAGCAGUAAGGGGCUGGCCCUGAGCCCGUACCCAGCCCACAGCUCCUCGUCCCCGGGCAAGCCAGCGCAGGAGGAGGGCGGCCGGCUGGGCAGCGAGUCAGGCGGCGGCGGCGGCGGCGGAGGCAGCGCGUCCGUGGGAACGCCCGAGAGGCGCAAGGGCAGCCUGGCCGACGUGGUGGACACGCUCAAGCAGCGCAAGAUGGAGGAGCUCAUCAAGAACGAGCCCGACGAGGCCCCCAGCAUUGAGAGGCUCUUAUCCAAGGACUGGAAGGACAAGCUACUGGCCAUGGGCUCCGGCAACUUUGGAGAGAUCAAAGUCUCGCCCUCCCGCUCGUUCCUUCUCUCAUCUGGUUCUGAACUGCCCUGGAAUGUGGCCCCUGCCGAAGGAACCCCGGACAGCCUGGCGGAGAAGGAGCGUCAGCUGAUGGGCAUGAUCACGCAGCUGACCAGCCUGAGGGAGCAGCUCCUGGCGGCCCACGAGGAGCAGAAGAAGCUGGCCGCCUCGCAGAUCGAGAAGCAGCGCCAGCAGAUGGAGCUGGCCAAGCAGCAGCAGGACCAGAUUGCCCGGCAACAACAGCAGCUUCUUCAGCAGCAGCACAAAAUCAACCUCCUGCAGCAGCAGAUCCAGGUCCAGGGUCAGCUCCCUCCUCUCAUGAUUCCCGUUUUCCCGCCGGACCAGAGGACUCUGGCUGCAGCCGCGGCCCAACAGGGAUUCCUGCUGCCACCUGGAUUCAGCUACAAACCUGGCUGCAAUGACCCGUACCCUCUGCAGCUGAUCCCCACCACCAUGGCAGCGGCUGCCGCGGCAACGCCCGGCCUUGGCCCCCUCCAGCUGCAGCAGCUGUAUGCGGCUCAGUUGGCGGCGAUGCAGGUGUCUCCGGGGGCCAAGCACAGGGCUCCCCAGGCCAACCAGGGCACCCACUCCCCCACUGGCAGCCACGACAAGAGCCGCAGCACACCGCCACCGUCCAAGCACAAGGGAGAGGGCGCUGCUCAGCCCCUGAACCUGUCCGCCAAGUCUAAGCCAGCCGAGAGCAAGUCACCUACCUCCCCCGCUUCCCCACAGGUCCCCUCACUCAAGCUGGGCUCCGGGCUCCUCAAGCACAGCGGCGCCCCCUCCAGUGCCGGAGGCCCCACCGCCCGGAUCAGCUCCAUAGACCUGCUGUCCUCCAUCAGUUCAGGGGCCUACCUGAAUGACCACGAGGCGGUGACCAAGGCCUUCCAGGAGGCGCGGCAGAUGAAGGAGCAGCUCAAGAGGGAGCAGCAGGUCCUGGACGCCAAGGUGGCCGCCGUCAACAGCCUGGGCCUCAACAAUGGCCGCUCAGACAAGGAGAAGGCUGCCCUUGAGAGUUUGAGCCAUCAGCUGAAACAGACAGAGGACAGCAAGUUCAGUCAUGCCAUGAUGGACUUCGGCAUGAGCGGAGACUCUGAUGGCAGCCCCAGUGUGUCGGACUCGCGGAUGUUCCGUGAGGCCCGGGGCCGUGACCGGAACGAGCCUCACAUCAAGCGCCCGAUGAACGCCUUCAUGGUGUGGGCCAAGGACGAGAGGAGGAAGAUCCUGCAGGCCUUCCCCGACAUGCACAACUCCAACAUCAGCAAGAUCCUGGGCUCCCGCUGGAAGUCCAUGACUAACCUGGAGAAGCAGCCGUACUACGAGGAGCAGGCGCGCCUGAGCAAGCAGCACCUGGAGAAGUACCCCGACUACAAGUACAAGCCGCGGCCCAAGCGCACCUGCCUGGUGGACGGCAAGAAGCUGCGCAUAGGCGAGUACAAGGCCAUCAUGAGGAACCGCAGGCAGGAGAUGCGCCAGUAUUUCACCGUAGGGCAACAAGCCCAGUUGCCACUUGCCUCAGCAGGUGUGGUCUACUCAAGCACCCUCUCCAUGGCUGGCAUGCCGUCCCCCCAGAUGCCCUCAGAACAUUCCAGCAUGUCCAGCAGCCCCGAGCCCGUAGCUCCGCCCACAAACCAGGGCUCCGCCUACCUCAGCAGCCCGGCCACCAAGGGGGAGGGGCCUCGCAUCAAGGAGGAGGAGCUACGUCUUGACGACAGCAACGGCGACGCCUACGAGGACUUUGACUACGAUGACGACGACGGCGAUUACGUCAGCGACGGAGAGAACCACAUCACCGCCCAGUGAAGUGGCCAAUCAGAAGCCGCUGUCCAGUGAAAAAUCAGCCAAUCAGAACCCACCAAACCUCUGCAUCAAUCCCCACCCCCAAUCCCAGCCCCUUUUCACUCACAAACCCCCCCCCUCCCCCCCAAAAAAACUUUUGCGGGACUCCAAUCUAAUGGGAGCCAGGCCCCUCUCCUCUUUCUCAAGCCCCACCCCCUUUUAUCCCUUCAAACCAGCAAGCCAAGCACAGGACAGGAGCUGUCAAUCACGUUAACUGACUGUUACACAAACACAGGUCUGAGUGGGCGGCCAUCUUUGGAGGCGGCCAUUGUGUUGCUAAGGCAGCAGACCGAUGCUGACCUGCUAAGAGAAACCAACAGGAGUGGACUCAGUCCACCUAAGCAGACCUUGUUUGUUGUUGAAAAGACAUUGUUGAAGAGGAAAAUUUUAAAAAUCAAGAGGACCUGAUAAAGUUGAAGAUAAAAAAAAAACACUUUUUAAAAAAGGUCGGCGUGUUUGUUUAUAUGAAGAGACACUUUUAAACAGGAGUUUGUUUUUUUGUUUUCUUUUAUUUGUUUGUUUUAUUUGUUUUUAUUUUUGUUUGUUUUCUGGGUUCUUUAAUAUUCUCACUCAGGUACACGGUGCCAAUAAGUGGCUUGUGAAUGUGACUUGUUGUUUUUGUGCUCUUGUUUCGCUAGACGUUCUUUUUGUUUCAUUGUAAAGCACCUGACCCGCGGAAAGAAGAAGAGACGGAAGGACGCUCGCUUUUCUUUUCUCUCGAUCCGCAGCGUGUUAGCAGCGAUUCUCCCGUUCUGUUUUUACCCCUCCCCUUCCCCACCGACCACCACCGCCACAAUCUCACUCUCUUUCCAUCAGUUGUCCGAUCGCGUCUCUCACCGUCCGACAACGACUGAACUGACCAGGAGGACCGAUCAGUGUCCUCUGCCAUGGCACAGUCUGGACUCGAGACAGACAGUAUCCUCCGACACACAUCACAGAACGGUGUUGAUUUUCAACCGACACACACACACACACACGCAUAUUUCAUUUUAGCUGUAUCUGUUGAAGACAUAUCUGAGACUUGUUUGAGACAUAUUUGAGACAAAUACCCAGUUUGGAUCACUCAGCGUAAUGUGUAUCGUUUCAAACCCUGCUCACUGUUCAUAGACGUGGAUUUAUCUGUGAAGGGUUCACCUCAUGGAGAACAUUCGUCAUGCUCAACAUUUGAUAUGAGAUGUUUGAAGAUGUAUGAGAGCAGAAAGCACACACACCCAUCUCUCUUUCUCUCUCUUUCUCUCUCUCUCUCUCUCUCUGUUCUGUCCCAGAGUGUCUAUUUUCCCUCCGUCCCAUCUCAUUGCUUGGAAUCAUCUGGUACAGUCAUCACAGUCUCUGACCUGGGACUGGAUCUGCAGUGAAUUGGCACUCAGAUGAGAUGAGAGUCUCUCUCUCCCUCUCUCUCUGCCGCCCCAGAGGAAGCUCCCAGUAGUCAGCGUUUAGAGAAUUGCUAUGCUCUUCAAAUUCAGAAGUCUCUUUCUGUGCAUGCGUGUGUGUGUGUGUGUGAGAGAGAGAGAGAGAGAGAGUGUGUGAGUGUGUGUCUUUAUCCUUGGCAGUGUUUGAACAGCCUCUCUUCAGUGACAAAUCUCUCCUCUUAAGGGGGUUCUUUCUCUUCCGCUCCCUCCCUCCCUCUCUCCCUCUCUCUCUCUCCAUCAUCACUCAUCCCUCUGUGCCCUGCUGAGGCUCUGACUUUAUUACUCUCCGUCUCUCCGCACCUGUGAUGCGAUGAGCGUUGCCACGGCGGCGCCUUCAUAUCCACGGUGACGGACAGCCACGAUGGGAGUGUUCCACGGCUCAGUGUGACUCUUGUCACGGAAGCCCAAACUCCUCACAGAUCCGUCCUUAAAGCCCCUCUGUCUCUGUCUCUCUCUCUCUCUCUCUCUCUCUCUCUCUGAUGAGUCUCUUUCUUCUAGAAAUCCUAAUCCGUUGCCAAUGUUGCAACAUCCCUCCACAAAGUUUGGCUAUGAAGUGUAGUAAUAACUAUAGAAUAUCCAUCUCUCAAUCAUAUCUCAUACCAUAGCUAACCAGAGCUGUGUGUGUGUGUGUGUGUGUGUGUGUGUGUGUGUGUGUGUGUGUGUGUGUGUGUGUGUGUGUGUGUGUUAUAAUGCUGCUCUCCACUCUCAACUCUCAUGCUAUUGCUUUAGGGUAUUGCCCAUUUCUCAUUCACGUCGUACUCAUGGUUACUCUGCUGUCCUCACUUGAGGUCCCCAUUGGCUGGGUGGGGUGUCACUCAACUGGCCCCGCCCACCGCAAGGUGGCUGUGCUGUUGUCAUUGGAGGAGGAGCUGAACUCACUCUGCAUGGCAGUGUUUUUUUUUUUGUUAGUUUUUGGAUUGUUUGUCAUUUUUUGGAAUACUGUAUUUUAUUUUUUUGUUUUAUUCAAACUGCCUCUAGUGUAAUAAUAUUAUUAACAUUAAUUAUAAACGAUGGUCAUCUUUUUUCUCAUAAGUUUUAGUAAGUUAUGUACAGUAUAAUUUAUUAUUUUUCCUCGUCUUUUUUAUGACCUUUAUGAAAUUGUGCUCAGAGAAGCAUUAUAUUUAGCAAGUAGACAUUUUGAUCUAAUGUGUCCUUUAUUGCUUUCGUUUUUUCUUUUGUUCCACAUUUGACUCUUUUUCCCUUCCAUUUCAUUUCUAUUCAUUUCCUUAUUGAUUUCGUUAACGCUGGUUUAUCCUCGAGACGUUACAACGGCGGAUUGACGUGACCAAGGAAGCGGAAACUCUCGUUUUCCCACAAACGCGUUCCACGACGAACUCUCUCUUUUUUUCUGAAAGCACUCAAACUCUGACGCACUCAGAGUAAAAGAUGAAGAACAUGAUUUUUUUUGUUUUGUUUUGUUUUGUUUUGUUUUCUGUAUAAUGUGAAGUUUCCUUUUUUCCCUUACUUUCUCCCUUUACUUUCGAAGAAAAUGAAAGACACCAAUAUAUAUAAUUAUUAUUAUUAUUAUUAUUAUUGUUAUAAGUAUUAUUGUUCUUACCCCACUGUCAUUGAACAAAAGAGCAGUGUGCUUGAUGUUUACUGGGUUCCGGAAUUCACUUGAGACUUACUGGAAUGUCAUUGGCUGAGGCAGAUGCCACCACUGCACCUACUUGACCAAUUAGCAGCAAUUUAGAAUUCUCCCACGUAAUCAAUUAAGGAAUCACUUACAGGGUAGUCAUGAAGUCAUUACAUAUGUUCACCAGGACAAAUCCUCAUGAGUCAUGAGUACACUCCCAUUCAUUCAUUUAGCAGACACUUUUACCCAAAGCUACGUUCAGUGCCGUGCAGAUAUCCAUGUAUAUGCUAUCUGGGUAUCAAACCCAAGUCCUUGUCGUCAUUUGCCCCUUGCUCUACCAGUUUAACCCACGGUUUGGUGUAGAUAUCACUUUAUUCGUUUCCGACACACACUCUAAGUGUCCAGUCAGCACCACACAGAACUGUCAAUGGUAGAGCCACACACACACACACACACACACACACACACACACACACACACACACACACACUAAGCUCCACUGCCAGGUGGGAUCUGCCCCAAUGAUGUCCAAUUGGUCAUUGAGGGGCACCUGAUCACCCCCUCCUCGACUUUACUUUAUUUAACUUGACCCCCAGCUAGUGCAGGUCAGUCCCCCCUCUCUCUCUCUCUCUCUCACUCUCUCUCUCUCUCUCUGUCUCUCUCUCUGUCUCUCUCUUUCUUUCUCUCUCUCUCUGUCUCUCCCUCUCUGAGCCCCAUGCCAUGGUGUAUCCAUAUAUCUCCAGUCAGUAGGUGGUGCUGUUGGAUCCCCCCCCCCCCCCCCUCCCAAGACCCUCCUCACCCAAUCAGAGCCUGCCAUCCUGAGACAGGCAGAGGACCAAUAUAGCUCCCUGCCAGAUAGUGAGCCAUAUUAGUUUUGUGUGCGAGAACCUGAAUUUCACCACUGACAGAUUGUGAGCAGCUUUGCGCUUUGCACCAUACAGUGGACCUCACAAUCUACGUCAGUGGUGAACUUCCUGGUGGAGCGUGUGUGUGUGUGUGUGUGUAUGUUUGUGUGGAAAGGAACCGUGAGGAGGUCUGACUGUCUUACAAAAGAAGUAUGUAUGUGGUUAAGGAAAUGUAAAAAGAACCCGUCAAUCAAUGGUAAAUGACAUAUCUGAAGGACAAGAUGAGGAUGACGAUGGUGACGAUGAUGGUGAUAUGGCGAUAUGGACAAUGAGGACGAUGACAAUAGUGAGGAAUUAUAAGAACCAAGACAAUCAAAGUCGAUCACGGGGCUCAGUAAACAGUUAAUGAAUCCAAUACAAAAGUAAGCGUACUUUUAAAAAAAAGAAUACUUAUCCUACCAUCUCAACUUGAAAUCGAAAGAAGAUAAUUAUGUAAAUAUAACAUAGAGGUAUAGAUUUAUAUUUUGUUCAUAACACAGUGUAAUAUAAGUUGUAUAUUUCUUUGUUCUCUUUGAUUGAUGUUAUUCAUGCCACAAAUAAAAAAAAAAAAACAGGAGUUUGAUGUACUCUUACAAACAAACAAAAAAAGGAGAAAAACGCGUACAAAUGGAAAAAAAAAUGAAAGAAAAUCAGCCAAGACGUGGGCUGCUGCCACCUGUUCCCACUUCUGAGUUCACUUUUUUCAGUAUUACUGCCAGUGGAGGCGCCAAUAAAAAACAGCAAUGUGUUCCGUA